AUGUUACCAACUUGUGGCGAACGUGCAAGGAAUUACACGGGCGAAGGAGUCAUAAAGGUGGCUGAAAUGUUGCUAAUCAUCAUAUGUGCAACACUGGUUUGCAGAACUUUGUGUGAUAUUGCAGACCUGAAUUGCACAUACUUGGAUACAUCAGGAGCACAACCGAAAGCAAAGUUCUCCGAUAUAGCAGUCGCCUGUUCAAAUGUUCUCGCUGAUUCGGUGUGUAAGACCUUGUACGGCGCAAACGCAGCGGUGGCCAACAGUGACAAUGAUAGAGAACAGAAGUGUUGGAAGAAUGGACAAGCUAGGGACGAACCCACUGUGCAGGCGGCCGUAAGUACGUGUCCACGUCAUUGUGGUUAUUGCUGCCUCACUCCUGAGUACAGCUGUCAAAACAAGCAAUUUCCUCGCAUUAGCUGUUCGGUCAUCACUCCGAACAUGUGUUAUAGCUCCGCUUGGAGGAAUAUAAUAGAGGAGGACUGUCCCAAUGUGUGCGGUUUUUGCAAUUCAGGGAAUUGCUUUGAUGUGGCUCCGAAUUGCGCUCUGGAUAUAUCAAUCUGUAGAAGUGUAUUGAUGCAGGACUUCGUGAAGGAGAAUUGUAGGAGGACGUGCGAUUACUGCUCCCAGACGAGUGCGACUACAGCAACACCUUGUGGAUCGGAUCCGAAUUGUGUGAACUGGGUGAAGAACGGAUUUUGCAACAGCAUCUUCUACACCCGAGAGCAAAAGAGACAGUACUGCGGCACGUUCUGCGGACUUUGCUGA